AUGGCGGAUSAUAAACAAAAAUGAAAAGCAAAAAGGUCUUUAUUGCAAAAGUGACUCGCGUUUAAGAUUCUACAUAUCCUUCAAUGCUUCAUAAUGCCAAAAAAGAAGUCUAAAAGGCCUGCAACACCUCCGUCAGAGGAUAGCGAUSAGGGCGACRAUGAAUUUCUCGUAGAUCCAGAACAAAUCUUUGACGUUUUGCCUCAGCCCUUYCGUCUGAUCGACAAGACUUUGAACGAUAUUUUCGACCGUGUGUGGUCACUGAUAGAAGAGAUAGAAGAUAAAAAAGCUAUUAAACUAUCCAAGGAAAGUUUGCCUAGCUAUGACUGUGGAAGGCCGCUUUUUGACGUAGYAAACCCUUCCUGUAUCUGCAGCGAUGAACAUGGCAAGCACCUCUUUGUUGCCCACGAUGAGGGCUUUACUGUCGYUGAAGCUCUUAUAGGACAGAGUUUAGCAAGCUAUGAAGAUUCCUCAGCAAGAAAUGUUAUUCAAAUGAGCGCCAUCUUGCUACAGGAUGGUAUGUGCUUGUUAGCGACCUUGGAAAGCAACGGUGUCGCUAAACUAUUUUGCUAUUUUGGAGAACAGUUACACCUCGCUAAAUURUUUACUGAUGAAAGUAAUAAACAGGCAAGCGUGUCUUCAAUUAAAAUAUCAGAGGAUGGMWGUUAUGUUGGYAUAGGUUGGAGGGGAGAGGAAAGUUGGCUKGARAUAUUUAAGAUUCCCAAGGAAUCAUGGGUAAAGGAGGCUGAGUCUGCGGUCCAAGCCGUCAAGUCCAAGAAACGAGAUUCUYUUGAAYUGCAAGCUGGUAUUGAUGAAAAGGCAACUGAAGAGCAGGAGGUUGCAUCUAUGCAUUCCUCAAAUUCACCUCCAGGCUCAAGACCAGAGUCUUCCCAAGGGAACCCUAGUCAGUCAUCAUUUACAAAACCUACAGCGGYACUGAGAGUACGCCCUCCUGCACCUGUUGGUCCUUGUGCUGCAACCAACUAUGCAGCCGCAYUGAAGGCAAUUGAUUCUGAUAGCAAUGCAUUUGGCAUUGCAAACAAUCAUGUCUURAUGGCACCAUAUUUUGAGCAUUCAGAAUUGACAUUUAAGAGUCUUCAUCAACCUCUUGUCAAGUAUUUGAAUGAAGAAAAUAUUGAAAAGGAAGUAAGCAYCCCAAAUUUUCACUUCUUAAAACCUGGAAAGUUUGUUCCAACUGGCUUAGAAACAGCAGCAAACAAGGUAAACUCCAUAGCUGUUUGGUGGUCUGGUGGAACACARCUUUUCAUCUACUCACUUGUUAAAAAUGCCAAAGAUAUAGAGAUCAAGCCAGAUGCAGUUUGGCCAAAUGCAUCACAAAUCCACAUUAGUGCCAUCAGUGAUUGUCUGUCUGUCCUGGCUCUGGGGAUGAAAGAUGGUAGUUUAGCUGUGUGGGAUGUCUAUAGAGGUGUUCUGUUAAGGGUGUGUUCCAUGACCAGCAAUGCCAAUAUCACUUGUGUACACUUCUUAACAAGUGGUUUAUCACCGCCGCACUCAGACGAUCAGCCAUCUUACCUAUCUACACCCAUACCAGUAGCAAACCUAGCAGUGGCUUGUGAUGAUGGCAGUUUUAGUGUGGUUCAGUGUGGAGUGGCCUUCAGUCCGCCAAUCAAACCCCUGAUUGACAGAUCUGCCAUGCAACAGGAUACAAUAACAUCGAUGUGCACAUUAACUAAGACACCUCAAGUGAUUGCUACGUGCAAAGAAACWGGACAGAUAACAUUCUACGAUACUGUGUCUUGCACUGCCAUCUGCCAUGCAGCUUUACCUCAGCCUUACAUGAUAGAUKCUAAUUCUGUUCCAUGUAUAGCAGCAAAUAACCAGGUUCUUGUCCUCAAAGGUUUUUGCCCAGACCAAGACGCAGAGGAAGAAGAGGCUAUGAUAUCCACCGUGUUUACGUUCCCAUUACAAUCUUUUCCGUCUCUAAAUCGUUACUGGAGAAUGGCUCUAGAGAGCGAACCAUACGGAAUGGACARUACGAUAGAAGCCCGAGUAAACUCGCUUGUACAAGACAGACUUUCAAGCCAAGGAACACGUCAACUAAGAAUGCAAGACAGAUGGGGGAAAUUCAAAGAUGAACUCAGAAAGAUUCACACUGACAAAAAACACAUCAAAAACUCAGUUUGGUUAAUGAAAAGCCAUCAGAUCGUCGAUGCCAAAGGAUGAAAACGCAUUUUGUUCUAUUUGUAUUUAUUGAAAAUUACCUUCGUUACAUGUAAAACGUUUUUCCAUUUUCAUCUGUAGAAGUUUCUUAUAGUAUUUUAACGUUUACUAAUAAAAAGUUUGGAUAUGUUUU